ACGAAUCGUGUGAUGCUGUUAUUGCAUCAUCACGUACUCGUUCAAAAGCGAUGUGGUCCUUCGACAUUCUACUGUAUUUUAGCUGAUCCGUGCAUCUGAUUUUCGUGAGUUUCUGCGCUCGGAUAAUCAUCUCGCCUCCUCGUGGGUGCAGUGGAAUUUGGUGCUCGCCGUGUGCAACAUGGUGUGGGUUUUUUUAUCAUGAGAAUCUUGACUUCGGGAGUUUAAGAGGAUGUCACGGCGUGGGAAGACGAGGCGGUGAUGCAGGUUUGGGUGGAGCUUAAGGUUGACGGAGUGUAAGGGAUCGGCUCGUCACUGGGUUUGCAAAAUGUGUUCCAUAGCAUGUUGUCGAAGUGGAACCCCGAAAGGGGAUCCGGAGCAAGACCUGGUGGGGGAGGUGUUCACAAUAUACAGCGAGAAUGAGAGAAUGAGUGCGGAGGGGUUGCUGAAAUUCUUGCAUACAGAGCAAGGGGAUGUCGACUUCACCCUUGAUGACGCCAAGCAGAUCAUGGAGCGCAUUCGCAAGGACUGGAAGAAAUCCUUCGGACUCGCCUCUAUCAACUCAGACUUGUCGAAGGAGGCUUUUCGGAAGUACUUGAUGAAUCCCGACUUGAAUGGCGUCUUACACAACGUUGUUCACCAAGACAUGACGCAGCCGAUGUCGCACUACUUCAUAUUCACGGGCCAUAACUCGUACCUGACCGGCAACCAGCUGAGCAGCGACAGCAGCGACACACCCAUCGCUGCGGCACUGCGGCGCGGCGUGCGGGUUGUGGAAUUGGACUUGUGGCCUGAUGACAAAGGCGGCAUGAAGGUCACACACGGAAACACACUUACCAAUCCGGUGUCGUUCCAAAAGUGUGUCACAGCCAUCAAGAAUAACGCCUUCUUCACCUCGGAGUACCCAGUUUGCGUUACUAUUGAGGAUCAUCUUACAAGCGAAUUACAGGGCCAUGCUGCAGAGAUUUUAGAGCAAAUUCUCGGAGACGCCCUGUAUUAUCCACCCACAACUGAUGCAUUAGUGGAGUUUCCUUCACCGGAGUCACUGAAGAGGAAGAUCAUAAUCUCCACCAAACCGCCGAAGGAGUAUCUCGAAGCAUGUUCCACGCAGAAAUUGGCCAUGGAGAACAGGAAUCUGGUGGAGGAGCUCGAGAAGGAAGACAAAUUGGAGCAGACCACAUUCGCUCCCCUUGAAGAGAACCACAUCCUGGGAGAAAAUACACCAUCGCUGCGUAAGGAAGUCGAGGUUUUAAGCCAAAAGGAAAUGUCAACACCAGCUGAGCUUAACUCUAGAAGUCCCUCUGACCUCGGGGAAGCAACAUCCACAAGGUAUAGCAAGAGCAACGAUGGCAAUGACAACCCUAAACAUUUCAAGUAUGCCCGGCUCAUCACAAUCCGGCUAGCAAAGCACGCAAAGGGGACAUCGAUGGAGCAUCGACUGCAAGUCGAUGAAUCAGUGAAACGGAUCAGUCUGUCGGAAUCGAAGCUGGAAAAAGUGGUGGAAAAGUGGCCCGAAGCUCUGGUCAAAUUCACGCAGAAGAACAUUUUACGUGUGUAUCCUGCUGCUAAUCGUGUAAACUCCUCCAACUUCUGCCCUACUCUGGCUUGGAACUACGGAGCUCAAAUGGUGGCUCAAAACAUGCAGGGCUAUGGUAAAGAGCUUUGGCAGGCAUUUGGCAAGUUCAAGGGAAAUGGGGGAUGUGGGUAUGUUUUGAAGCCACAGUAUCUGUUGGAAAACUUGCCUUCUGGUGUGCCUUUCAACCCCACAUCACCCAGAAACACAACCCUAAUUCUCAAGAUUAAAGUUAUGACUACCUUGGGAUGGGACAAGGCCUUUUCCAAACGCCAUUUUGACCUAUUCUCACCUCCAGAUUUCUUCACUAGGGUGAUUGUGGUGGGAGUGCCUGCUGACGAGGCCAAGUGGAAGACAUCUGUGGUGGACAAUUCAUGGGCACCCCAUUGGAAUGAGGACCAUGAGUUUGCCCUAAAAUGCCCUGAGCUCGCACUACUUCGCAUCGAGGUCCGAGACCAUGAUGAUGAUAGCAAAGAUGAGUUUGAAGGGCAGACAUGCCUUCCCAUCCAUGAAGUCCGGGAUGGGUAUCGGUGCAUGCAAAUGUACGACAAGAAGGGCAAUGUACUGAAAGGCGUGCUGAUGUUGUUUCAUUUUCAAAAGUGCAAAUGCACCUUUCAAGACACAGCUCCUAUAUCCUCUUAAACUCAACCCGCCCACACAUGGCCCCAUUAUCAAUUACUAAUGCUGCUUUUUAUGUUGCCAUUGUCAUAUAAUUGUUGGUUUGUGGGGGGGAAGACUGACCAGUUUAGUGUGUGCACCCAAGGUUUGAUUUAAACCUAAGUUUUAGGUCAAAGUUCAACCCUCUGAAUCACUGGCCAAAGAUGUUUUGUACAUUUUCAUUUUUUAUUUUAUUAUUUUUUUCUGAUUCUUAA